ACCGACUUCUCGCCAUGGCAGCCACCCUCCCGUGUUACGUCAUGGCGUCCCGUGCGCGUGGGUGUGUCCGUGGAAUCUGAGGAGAAAGAUGGCUGCGGGACGAAGGGAGAGGUUGACAAUUCUGAGAUUCGCUGUGUCAGGAUAGACAAGUUACGGCGGAGGACGAAGUGGAAAACAGCACGUGCUUGCGUGUGUGUGGAGGAGUCUAUGUAUCGGUAUGGCGUAUAAUGCCGACAGAAAACUGGAUGACAGGGAGUGCAGACAAGCCUCACAUGCUAACACACUGAUCACUGGUGUACAGUGACUGUUGCUGCAGACAUCAGCAGGAUUCCAUACUUUCUAUGAUUUUACCUCUUAUUUCUUCAAUCUGGACUCUUAAUUUCUUGAUUUUUGGACCCUUUUUGUGAGCCACCUUUCCCCCUUCCCCUUUUCCCUUUUCUUACCCUCUUCACACUUUUUUUUCCUCUCUCCCUCUUAAUAUUUUCCCCUGUUGACCUUUUGAUCAAAUUUGGAUCAGCUUGUGCACCAAGAUGAGUUGGCUGAGUCGUUUAAAUCCAAGGGGUCCAGUCACUCGGACUGGUCGACAUGCAGCCCCGUCCAGCCCAUGCACUGCUGACCCUGAGACUUGUCUUAUGGUGUUUGAAAACCACUGGAGACAGGUGUCAGGGGUGCUGAAACAGAGAGAGGCUUCAAUGGGUGGUUAUGCUGAUGAUCUCACUGCAGUUCGCAAUCACACAGAUCAGAUGCUGUGCCUGCUAGCUGAAGAGAGACCAGCAGGGGGAGACAUUGAAUCACCAGCAAUGGGUCCUAUUCUGGAGAUGGUGGUGACGGAGAACAUCCUGGAUAAGUUGGUACAGUGGCAUGUGCGCCGUGGUCUGGAUCCAGACAGCCAGCUAGAGCUGUUGAAAUUGUUUGAGAUGCUGAUCGGACAGUCACAUCAGCCCCUGCUCCUGCACAGUGCAGUGCUACAGCCGCUGCUAAACCUGCUGGGAGCAUGUGUGGAUCCCCAGCUGGGCUCCCCUCCUGCCCUAGAGUCCAGCCUCGUACUGCUGCUAAAUCAGGUAUGUGUGUGUAUGGCGAAGGAAACUGUAGUUUUGGAGUUGAUAUUUAGGUGUGGACUGGUACAGCAGGGUCCCACUAACCUGCUGAUCUUCUCCCUGUUGGUGCCAUUUAUUCAUCGAGAUGGCUCUCUGGGACAGCAGGCCCGUGACGCGCUGCUGCUCGUCAUGGCAACCUCUGCCAGCAACCACGCUGUUGCACGUCACAUCACAGAGAACUCCUACUUCUGCCCAGUGCUAGCGACGGGGCUGAGUGCACUGUACUCAUCCCUGCCACGAAAGAUUGAGGUACGGGGCGAUGACUGGCAUGCCCUGCGGAGGGAGGACUGGAUGGCCGUUUCAUCUCUAGUGCUGUUCAUGAACAGUCUUGAAUUCUGCAAUGCUGUAGUACAGGUGGCACACCCCCUUGUGCGCUGCCAGCUCCUUGACUACCUCCACAACGGCUUCCUGGUUCCAGUCAUGGGCCCCGCUCUGCACAAGUCGUCAGUGGAUGAGAUGAUAGCAAGCACGGCAUAUCUGGACUUGUUUUUACGCAGUAUCACAGAAACUUCCCUCCUUAAGACCUUCCUGCGCUUCAUUCUGUUGCACCGCCAUGACAACGACACCAUCCUUGAUACACUACUCACACGCAUCAGCAGCAACUCAAGGCUGUGCAUGGUGUCUCUGAGUCUGUUUAAGACAUUGCUCAGUCUCAACUGCGAAGACCUCAUGCUCCAGCUUGUUCUCAGGUAUCUGUUGCCAUGCACACAUGUAAUGCUGAGUCAGCGAAGGGCAGUCAGAGAAACAGACCUCUAUGGCAAAUCAGCUGACAAGUUCCUUUCCCUCAUACCAGAAUGCUGCCGAAUCACUCCAGCACCCUCUAGUGAGCGGGAUGAUGAGCCUGCCUUUUGGGGAAAGGUGAUUGGUAGUCCCACUUCAGAGUCACCGGUUCACCCCAGACCCAGCACUCCUUCCCGCCUUGCUCUCUUUAUUCGACAGCAAAGCUCAGGAGGCCAAGCCAACCCCACCUCAUCUGGCUCGGAGAACACUCCCUCUUCUCCUCGUGGUAGUGUUUCCUCCCCUCUGUCUCCUGACAGCCCAAUGCACCAACUCCCAGACACUUUAGAAGGAGAGACUGGCUAUCUGGAGUAUCUGCGUGACGCUCGCAAGGGUAUUGAGCUCUGCUCCUGGGCCUGUCGAGACUGGUCAGCCCCUUACGAUGGAGAAAAUCCCUCUCCAAACUCUGCUCCUCCUCCACCUCCCCCUCCUACAUCCAACCCCUCCCUCAAUAUGGUACAAGAGCAUUUCUCCAUGGACCGCCCUCAGCAGAGGGCAGCAGUGGUUGCUGCAGCACGUGCGGAGUGGAGCAGUUCAGAUCGAGAUAGUGGAGAGUGGGAUGUUACCAUCAGCAAGAACUGUAUCAGUCUCACACCCCGCAGUAAGAAACGCAGCCUUCUUCCCAGCCCUGUACCUCUACAGUCUUCAUCAUUUGCAUCAGUCUCUACAGAAAUAACCGGUGUUGUGGAAACUGUAUCCCAACACUCUCAUUCGGCACCUCAUCCAGUGCUCUAUAAUGGGAUGGGGCAGGUGGAGCUCACAGACAGUGUGGAUGAGAAAAUGGAGGCUAAGAAAGUGAAAAGGGAAACUGAUGUAAAUAACGGCGUGGUGGAGUCAGGGAUGAAUGGGUCGAUGGGUAUGGGCCCUGUUGACUUCAAUGAUUUCAAUGUAAGAUCGGCAAUUAAUUCAUCUCAGGUGCAGGUGAAGCCACAUCUGCAACAUCAAACCUCCGUGCCCUCUUCUACCCAAGAGUGUCUACAAAGUGAGAGCCAGAGAGUAUCUCCUGUUCCUGUCUUGACUGAGACUUCCACAGUUCCCCAUGGCAUCAGGGGUCCAGAGUCCGUUGAGCGUCUGAUUGAAGAGUUGCUGGAGCGGGCGCUAUCGGAGCCAUUGUCUGGAGACUCGAAAUGCCAAGGAAUCAGCAUAGAGGCUUUUCACCAGGAGCUGAAGGAGCUGGAGGAACGUGUAAGAGAGAGGAGGGUUCUCUCGCGCAGCUCGGAGGAAUCUCACACUGCUCCUGCUCCCAGCCUGACAGAUGAGGAUUGUCUUCCAGUGGAAACUGACCAGUGCUCCAGUGAAACGAAGCCUGACAGCACUUCCACUGGGGUAUUUAGCCCCGUACGACCCCUUGGACCACCUCUUGCUCAACCAUACACAGGUCCAUUUAUAACAGUCCUGUUCAGUAAACUGGAGAGUAUGAUGCAGAACUCCUUAUAUGUGAACAUUUUGCUGACGGGUGUUGUGUUCCAGCUGGCCUGUUACCCUCAGCCUCUUCUCCGCUCUUUCCUCCUCAACGCCAACAUGGUGUUUCAGCCUAGCAUUAAAUCACUCAUACAGGUGCUGGGAUCAGUAAAAAAUCGCAUUGAAGCAUUUGCAGCAACACACGAGGAUUUCCCUGCCAUGUUAAGAAAGGCUCGCUGCUUUCUGGUUGCAAGAGGAAAAUUAGACUGGUCUGACUCACCCAUGGGAGUCCCCAACCUUCGUCGCUCAGACUCAUUAAUUAAAAGCCGAAAACCAUCUCUGGGUGAUCUUAUCCUGAGGCAUACGAACAGUCCUACGAGAGCUCGAUAUGCAGCUCAGUUGGCAUUGGCCCACGUGAGGGAUGGAGGGCAGUCUCUCCACAGUGCUUUGUUUCGGGGUGGUGCGGCCGGUGGGGCCUCUGGUCUGGAAAAGCAGGCAGAGGCACUAAGGGUAAAAAAUGCAGUCUACUGUGCUGUUAUUUUCUCAGAGUUUCUCAAAGAGCUAGCUGCUCUUGCACAGGAGCAUGCCGUAGCCCUACCCUUCCCACCUUGUCAAGGCACUGAGGAAUAACACCAGACCAAAAUUUUCCUCUGUACCUGCUUUAUCCACUGUUCAUGGCACUGAGCUGUAGACCAUUAUAUCCCUGAGAUUUUUCAAACAGUCUUUUUUUUUUU